AUGGCUGCCGCGUGGGAUAGCGACUCGGAAGCGUCCAUUGAGAAGGAAACACAAUACCCGCCGCCUGCGGUCGUAGCUAAACGACAAUCAACAGGCAGCUACAGUGAUGGCGCGCAAAAGGAUGCCAGGAUAUCCGGAUUCUCAUGGUUCCGUCUCAGCGUGGAUGGGCCACCGCCUGGGCCCGUCCACGAGUUGAGCCUCUAUAUGGGCGCCGCGUUCAGUAGCAUCCCCGACGACAGCGAUUCGGUACGAUCACCAUAUUUCGCAGCAUCAACAAAUGGUGCUUCUGUUGCAACAUGGAAGGAUAGUGGUGAUAGGGCGGCGUCAAACCGAGUGGUCGACUGGGACAGACCUCACGAUGCGGAGAAUCCUAGGAAUUGGGCAAUGAAAUUCAGGUGGAUUCAAAUUGUGCUUGUGAGUAUCUUGACGCUACAAGCUGCGGUUGCUUCUUCGAUGCCAGCGCCCGCAGUGAGUGAAAUCCUAGCCGAGUUCAAAGCGCCCGAAGGCGUUCUAUCCUCUUUCGUUAUAUCCAUCUUCAAUUUGGGCUUCGUCUUUGGUCCUGUUUUAGCAGCACCCAUGUCGGAGCUCUACGGACGAUACCCUGCGUACAGUCUCUCGAACAUACUCUUCUUCGCAUGUAACAUCGGAUGCGCCUUCUCUCCCAAUCUUGGCGUUCUGCUGUUGUUUCGAUUCCUGAGCGGAUGUGCCGGCGCGGCCCCGCUGUCCAUCGGCGGCGGUACCAUUGCGGAUGUUGCACCAACGGCAUUGCGGGGCAGAGCGGUGUCGAUCUACUCCAUUGCUCCUCUCCUGGGUCCUGUUAUCGGGCCUGCAGUGGGUGGUUUCAUAGCCGAGUAUGGGGGUUGGAGGUGGAUAUUUUGGACAUUAUGCAUCAUGGCCGGCGUCCUAGGCAUCAUCAUGCUUAUAGUCCUCCGAGAAACGUCAGGCAAGGCCUUGCUUGAAAAACGAACUAAAAAAAUCCGAAAGCGCACCGGAGACUCGAGAUACAGGUCAGCUCUUGAUGACGGGGUCUCGCCGGGGGAGGCAUUCUCAAGAGCCAUUAAUCGUCCCCUUCGGCUUUUGUUCCUUCAUCCCGUUGUUCUCGUUCUAUCCUUGUAUUUUGCCGUCAUCUAUGGAUACCUGUACUUGUUCUUUACCACACUCGCAACGGUCUUCAGAGGGAAAUACGGCUUUUCGACCGGCUCCUCCGGGCUCACGUUCAUAGGCGUCGGUCUCGGUACUGUCUCGGGUACGAUUCUCGUCUCGUUCUGGAGUGACAGGUUAGCCACUACCCUGGCAGAAAAGGCGGGCGCUCGCAAACCCGAGUUUCGACUUCCGUUGAUGGCGUACUCGACACCUCUCAUACCAGGAGGGCUGCUUUUGUACGGAUGGACAGCAGAGAAGUCUGUCUUCUGGUUCAUACCGAUGAUCGGGACUGCCAUAGUCGGCGUGGGCAUUAUGUUUGUGUUUACGCCAUUGGCAUCCUACCUCGUUGACGCGUUUACGACGCACGCCGCUUCCGCCCUCGCUGCCUCGACAAUUCUACGUAGCAUCUUCGGCGCAUUCUUGCCCCUCGCGGGUCUUCCCCUUUUCGAUGGAUUGGGUUUAGGGUGGGGAAACACGAUUCUUGCAGCGGUUGCUUUGCUUAUGGCGCCGAUACCAUGGGUCGUGAUGAGAAAGGGGGAAGCCAUCAGGGGAAGGUAUGGACAUUGUGUAUACUAG